CCAGUAGAAUACCAAGUUCCAGUAGAACUGGUAGAAUUACUCCCAGGCAAAGUCGACUCACCUGUGGUGCCUUUUCUAUCUCUUGUUCUAAACAUUAACAUCUCUACACUGGCUCACAGAGAUGACAAAGAUUUGACACUAUGUUUGGUUCUACCUAUUGGAGAAUUUGUUGGGGGAGGUUGGUGCUUG